AGGGUCCUAGUCAGCGCCUUCAGCAAGCUUCGCUCCAUUGCUACGCUGCACGCUGAGGGAGCGGUUGUUGACGUUUUGACUAAUAGCUUAAGAAAACCAUAUUCAAACAUGGUACGAAGCAGCGACAAGGACAGACAUCACCGACGAAGAUCCAGAUCGAGAUCGAGAUCCAGAUCGACCGAACCCGAAAAGAAACGGCGCCGGUCGAGAAGCAGAGACCGAGAAAGGGACAAGGGACGACACAGGGAACGGAGGAGCCGUUCUCGGGACAGAGACAGGGAGAGGGCUGACAGGAGGGACCGUUCCGACAGGGACAGGGAUCGCGAGAGAAAACGUGGAGACAGUAAAGAAAAGCGUCUUACAGGCUCAAAGUCUUCACGCUCUGGCAAAGAACGUUCGAACAGGUCUCGGUCACGCGAUAGAAAGGAUAAAGACAAGGGCGACAGUGAAGAGCUGCCUUUCGAUCACACGAAAUUAGAUAAGGAAGAAGAACAAAAACGGCUAGAAUUGGAAAUGCAAAAAAGGAGAGAAAGGAUAGAAAGAUGGCGGGCAGAGAGGAAGAAAAAAGAGCUGGAAGCAACCAAAAAAGACGGUAAGACAUCUAUUUUGGCAAAUCUUCAGCUACCCAUGAAAAAGUGGUCCCUUGAGGAUGAUAGUGACGAAGAGACUCCUGUGGUACAGAAUAACACCAAGGAGACAAAGGAGGAAGGUGUAAAGGAAGAAGUUGAGGAAGUAAAGGAGGAAGUGAAAGAUGAAGAAGAGGAGAUUGAUCCGCUUGAUGCUUUUAUGGCAGAGGUUCAAGAGGAAGUGAGGAAAGUAAAUAAGCUUGACAACAAAGCUCCGAAAAGUGCCAACAAUGGCACCAAUUCUGGAGCGCAGAGUGGUGGCGUGGUCAUUGUGACUGGCGUGGCCAAGAAGAAGGUUCAGAAACAAAAGGGAGAAUUGAUUGAGCAAAAUCAAGACGGAUUAGAGUAUUCCAGCGAAGAAGAGGGCGAGAAUCUUCACGAAACCGCAGCUGGUAUCGCGAACAAGCAGAAGCGAGAAUUGGCUAAGGUCGAUCACGCCACGACAGAUUAUCAGCCAUUCCGAAAGUCCUUCUACGUGGAGGUUCCUGAAAUCGCAAGAAUGACGCCAGAAGAAGUGGAAGCGUACAAGGAAGAAUUAGAGGGUAUUCGCGUGAAAGGUAAAGGCUGCCCGAAGCCUAUCAAGUCUUGGGCGCAAUGCGGCGUUACCAAGAAGGAACUGGAGGUGUUGAAGAAACUCGGUUACGAGAAACCGACACCCAUCCAGUGCCAGGCAAUCCCGGCUAUAAUGUCUGGUCGGGAUCUUAUAGGUAUUGCAAAAACAGGUAGUGGAAAAACACUGGCGUUUCUGUUACCAAUGUUUCGCCAUAUUCUCGAUCAAUCGCCAUUAGCCGACGGUGAUGGACCUAUCGCUUUGAUUAUGACACCGACCAGAGAGUUGUGCAUGCAGAUCGGCAGAGAUUCAAAGAAAUUUACAAAAUCGUUAGGGCUUUCACACGUGUGCGUUUAUGGCGGGACCGGCAUUUCCGAGCAAAUAGCCGAACUUAAAAGAGGAGCUGAGAUCAUCGUGUGCACGCCUGGAAGGAUGAUCGACAUGCUGGCUGCCAACAGCGGACGAGUGACGAAUUUGCGUAGAGUGACGUACGUUGUAUUGGACGAGGCUGACAGAAUGUUUGACAUGGGUUUCGAGCCGCAGGUGAUGCGCAUCAUGGAGAACGUGAGGCCGGACAGGCAGACAGUAUUGUUCAGCGCAACGUUUCCGAGGCAAAUGGAGGCGCUGGCGAGAAGAAUACUCACGAGGCCAGUGGAGGUGCAAGUCGGAGGACGUUCCGUUAUUUGCAAGGAUGUCGAGCAACACGUGGUCGUGCUGGAGGAGGAUCAGAAGUUCUACAAGUUGCUGGAGAUCCUCGGGCAUUACCAGGACAAAGGCUCCGCCAUCAUAUUCGUAGACAAGCAGGAGAAUGCAGACACCUUGCUUAAGGAUCUUAUGAAGGCUUCGUAUUCCUGCAUGUCCCUUCAUGGCGGCAUAGAUCAAUGUGACAGAGAUUCAACCAUUCUGGACUUCAAAGCUGGUCGUACGAAAUUGCUCGUGGCAACGUCCGUGGCCGCCAGAGGUCUGGACGUUAAGCAGUUGGUGUUAGUGGUCAAUUAUGAUUGUCCUAAUCACUACGAGGAUUACGUGCACCGAUGCGGCAGGACUGGCAGGGCUGGAAAUAAGGGAUAUGCGUACACUUUCAUCACGUCAGAGCAGGAACGUUACGCUGGCGACAUUUUACGCGCGCACGAGUUAGCGGGCGUUCCGGUUCCGGAACCCUUGCGUCAGUUAUGGGAGGGUUACAAGGCGCGUCAAGCCGCGGACGGGAAGAAAGUGCAUACCGGUGGCGGUUUCAGCGGCAAAGGAUUCAAGUUUGAUGAAUCGGAGGCCGCUUUGGCGAACGAGAAGAAGAAAUUCCAGAAGGCAGCUUUGGGCUUGCAAGAUUCCGACGACGAAGACAUAGAAAAUGAUAUCGACCAGCAGAUCGAGAGUAUGCUGGCACCUAAGCGAACAGUUCGCGAGAUAGCCAGACCUACCGCGGCUAGCAUCACGGUUCCUGGUCAACCGGUACCUAGUGCUACCGACAAGCUAGAAUUGGCCAGAAGAUUAGCCUCGAAGAUAAACAUCGCAAAGAAUCUGGGCGCCGAGGCGAAAGGUGCAACUCAGCAAGCUGCGGAAGCCAUACUCAAGGGUGCGGGACCUACGAACCUCAUUACGGCGAAGACAGUGGCGGAACAACUGGCGGCGAAACUGAACACCAAAUUGAAUUAUCAACCACGUGAGGAAGAUCUGGUAGAGAGCGACGCGGAAACGGGCGAGCAAACGUUCCGCAAGUACGAGGAGGAGCUUGAGAUCAACGACUUCCCGCAACAAGCGAGGUGGCGAGUCACGAGCAAAGAAGCUCUGGCUCAGAUCUCGGAAUACUCCGAGGCGGGUUUGACCGUGAGAGGAACGUAUAUCGCACCUGGAAAAACGCCUCCGGAGGGUGAGAGGAAGCUGUACCUGGCGAUAGAAUCGACGAGCGAAUUGGCGGUGAGCAAGGCCAAGGCGGAGGUUUCUAGACUUAUCAAGGAGGAACUCAUCAAGCUACAGGCAUCUGGUGCUCACACUGCGUCACGUGGUCGAUACAAAGUUUUGUAAAAUGUUUCAAUUACAUACACAUACACACAUAUUCGGAAUGUUACAUUACACAAAUGUUACAUCUUGAUAUGUAUGCAUGACAAAAGUUAAAAAUUUAUUACACAUUCACAUGAUGAUAUAACGUGUUUGUAUUUAACGAUACAAUAACAAAGUAUACUUAUAAACACCUA